AUGGGGAACCUGAGGAUGCGGAAAGUAGGAGUAGUGGCGGACGCGGAACUGCACGCAGCAGCAAAACAAACGCCGCUUGCGGUGCUGCGCACUCUGCCCGCUACAGAGCCGGAACUGCGCACAGCCGAUGCUUUGAGCGCAGCCACUCAUUUGCAAUCAGACGUCACGGAAGCGCGCACCGCGUUGGCGGCGGAGUUGCGCUGCCCGCGUUUGUCGGAGCUUUAUGAGCGCCGCAGCGAUCUCAUGGAGCUGAGGGCGGAAGUGCUGUCGCUGCUGCGCCUGCAGGAGGGGGAGGGGGAACGGGGGGGGAACGAACGGGGAGCAGGGGAGCGGGGAAGGGGGGAAUGCGGAGCAGGCGGCGCGGAUGGGGAGCGGGAGGAGCUGGCGUUCGUACGGUUGUACGAGGUGGUGGUUGAAACGGGGACGGCGUUACAUCUCAUCCUGGAGUACUGCCCGGGUGGCGAUCUGUUUGACCUCGUUAUAAGGCAGAAGCGGCUUACCGAAGCACAAGCGGCCACUGUAUUCAGGCAGUUGCUGCUGGCAGUGCACGCAAUGCAUUGCACGGGCAUAGUGCACCGCGACCUCAAGCCAGAAAACAUACUCGUUAGUAGCGGCCCCGGUGCUUGUAGAGGCCUUUGCACUGUAGCUGAGUGCAACUGCAAUGGCAGUGGAAGCAGCGGGGACUGCAGUGGGGGAAGCAGCAACACGAGCCAGGGAUCAUCCUCUCCCUUCCUCCCGCUUCCCUCAUCACCUCCCUCCCCUGCUCUCCCUCCAUCAUCUCCUUUCCACCUCUUACAAACCUCCCUGCCACCAUCCCCCUCUCUCGCCUCCCCCUGUCUUUCCCUUCCACCCUCUUCUGCACCUCCUCCACCUCCUCUCCCUCCUCUUUGCUCGUCCCCUCCUCCCACUCCGGUCACCACGGCAACCAGCCCCCCUCCGUGUCCCUGCACGGGCAUUCAAGUGAAGGUGGCGGAUUUCGGGCUGGCAGCAACACUCUCGCGCGGGCAGACAGCGGCGUGUGGGGUGGUGGGCUCGCCCUUCUACAUGGCUCCUGAGAUCAUCCGGGGGAGGCCGUAUGCGGGGGAGGUCGACAUGUGGAGCCUCGGCUGCGUUCUCUACACCUGCCUGUCGGGUACUGUGCCGUUCCACGGGAGGACACACCGUGAGAGCGGCAGGGCCGAUGCUGCUGGCAGACUAGCUGUGCAGGAGAAGGUGGGUGAGAGUGCAAGCAGGAGUGAGAGUUCACCAGAGGUGGAGCAGGUGCACAGGCUGACCACGGGGUGUAGCAGUGGGAGAAGUGUCAGCGCUACGGCGCGUCACGUUUCCUUGCCUUUCAACCCAGAGCCACCGGAACAGAGCACACGCCAUAGUGAGGCAGCCGUGAGAGGGGAGGUUGAAGGACAGGAAGCGUGCUGGGAAGCAACAGUGCAGGAUUUCAUGAGAGAGGUGCAUGUGGUUAAGGCAUGUGUGAAAAGCCAUCGAGUGGAAGGCGAGGUUGGGCAGCAUGAGGUGGGGCAUGAGGUGGGUUGUCCUGAUUGCCACCCAAGCAGUCCCAACAGUCUCUGCAAAAGCAGCCAUGCUGAUGCGUGCUGUCAGAGCAGCAGUGCCGGUGCUGCUGGCAGGCUAGCUACUCAGGAGAUGGUGCGUGGGAGUGAAUGCAGGCGCGAGGAAACAGAAGAAGAGGGGAAAAUGGCUGGGCUGACCAGGGGGAGUGGGAGUGGGAGCGGGAGGAGAAGCAUUGGCACUGAGGCGAGUCACACUCACACCUCCUCGCCUUGCAAUCCAAACCUACAGGAAGAGAGCAGACGUGGGACUCACCGUAGAGGUGGAGAGGAGGUGGAGGGUAAGGAGGCGUGUUUGAAAGCAUCAGUGCAUGAAUGUGCUGCGCAGCGGUGCAGUGAGGCUGCAGAGGUAGACAUCUGCUCUCCAGGUGGUGCUUGGGGUGCUGGCUGCUGUGGGAGUAUCGGUCCCACUGACUCCGGUGGCCAUGGGUUGCCAUGUGGUUACAGAUAG